AUGGAUGCUGCUGAAAAAUUGGUCGAUGACUACAAGAAACAGGGCCAUUUCGAUCGACUAAAAAACGAGUUUUUUACAAGAAAUAAUGAUGCUCUACAAGGUGGAAAUUUAGAGAAUCAUGUUAGAGCGAGAGUUGAUUCCGUAGUGAAGGAAAUGGUUGAAAAAGACGAGCUUCUCUUGUUUAAGAACCGGGGAUCAACUAGUGCUUUAAUCGAAGCCCAACUUUUAAAAGACGAUUAUCGACGGCUCGACAAAGAACCGGUUAAAAUUGCAGACGCUAUACAGAAUGGACUUGAGACGUCAUCGUUGAAAGAACAGGUUAGACACCAAUUAGAAGAGCUUGCACAGGCAAACCCGGACUAG